AAAACAGAAAGUAGAAAAAUUUAGACAGAAUGUUCUUCUUGGUAAGAGACAAACGAAAGAUGUGUUUUGUCAAAACAUUUAGCAGCAAAACUUGACAUUUUCCCGUUCGUCGCUCUCUCCUCUGACAUUUCUUUAAUAACUUUUUUUCUUCUCCUCCAUCUUCUUCUUCAAUGAGCUUUUGUUGUUCAUACAGAAUCAAGUCAACGAAUGUUCUUCUUUGCCAAUCUCAUUCUUGUUUUCAUGAGCUUUUUUAAUCCAAGCUAAGAUUUUGAAUUCCCAAAUCCCUGUUCUUUGACUUGCCUUCCAUCAAAAGAUUCACCAGUUCUAUGAUCUAAGCUUCAAAUCCAACCCAAGAAAAAACAUCCACUUCAAGCCAACUCUGGUCCUGGAUCUGUUUAACCCACAGUUUCAGACCAAACCCACAUCAAAAGUUUCAACAUUUAAGCCAAAUCUUGAACCUAACCAGCUAUGGUGGUAGAAGACCAGAAUCUCGAAAGUGGCGGAUCCGUCCGUGUAGUCAUCAAAGGAGAGAGUCAUCUCCGUACUGUACUGUGGGGUCCAGUGCGGUGGAUAAAGAUGCUGGCCAAAGAGCUUCACUGGAGCUUUGUCUUCGGCGUGGUCUCACUCUACGGUAUAAAUCAAGGCCUUGGCGGCUCAUUAGGCCGUGUAGCCACCGAGUAUUACAUGAAAGAUGUUCAAAAGGUUCAGCCUUCAGAGUCUCAGGCUCUCACGGCCAUCACCAAGAUUCCGUGGAUCAUUAAGCCUCUCUGGGGCAUUCUCACCGAUGUUCUUCCCAUCUACGGCUUCCACAGACGCCCUUACUUCGUUUUGGCAGGUGUCCUUGGAGUGGUUUCUAUGCUUUUCAUAUCGGUUCUUGGGAAUCUGCAUCUUUACUUGGCGCUCUUGUGGAUGACAAUAGCAAGUGCUGCGAUGGCGAUAGCUGAUGUGACUAUUGAUGCUUGCACUGCCUACAACAGUAUUAAACACCCUUCUCUUGCCUCGGAUAUGCAGAGCUUGUGUAGCUUAAGCUCUUCCAUUGGUGCGCUUCUUGGUUUCUUCAUGAGUGGCAUCUUAGUUCAUCUUGUUGGCUCCAAGGGUGUGUUUGGCUUGCUGACACUCCCAUUUGCGUUGGCAUCAGUAGUAGGGAUGGUGUUUAGUGAGUCCCAUGUUCCUGGCUUCUCUUACAAACAGGUAAACCAGAAGUUUAUAGACGCAGGGAGAGCGAUGUGGAGGACGAUGAAGUGCUCAGAUGUGUGGAGGCCGAGUCUGUAUAUGUUCAUUUCCCUUGCUCUUAGUUUGAACAUUCAUGAAGGUCUCUUCUAUUGGUUCACAGAUUCAAAGGAUGGCCCUUUGUUUGCUCAGGAAACUGUUGGUUUCAUCCUCUCAAUUGGUUCGGUGGGGUCGAUUCUAGGAGCAACCUUGUACCAGCUAGUCCUGAAAGACCAUCCCUUCCGCGGCAUUUGUUUGUGGACUCAACUUCUCUUUGCCUUGGCAGGGAUGCUUGACCUCAUUCUCGUGCUACGUCUCAACUUGAAACUUGGCUUACCAGACUAUCUCUUCAUAGUGGUCGACGAGAUAGUGUCUCAGAUGAUAGGACGCCUAAAAUGGAUGCCGUUGCUCGUGCUCACUUCAAAGCUUUGUCCUCACGGAAUUGAAGGGACAUUCUUUGCGUUGCUGAUGUCUAUUGACAAUGCAGGCUUCAUGACCUCUUCUUGGCUCGGAGGAGUGUUGCUGCACGUCCUCAAGGUGACUAGGACAGAGUUUGGCAACCUCUGGCUUGCGGUUUUGAUCAGGAAUGUGAUGAGAGUUUUGCCGCUCUUUGUUCUGUUUCUUGUGCCCAAGGGAGAUCAGAACACGUUCAAGCUCCCGGGUGAGAUCAUGGGGGAAGAUUCUGAUUCUGAUGAAGAGAAAGAAGAAGCUCGGAACUUGGAGUUGGCGUCUCUUGUUCAUUCCGCUGAUAGAAGAUAGCUCACAGUGUUCUCUUGUUAUAGACAAAUCUUUGAAGCACAUGCUUCAUUGUCUCUGAACUGUUUACCUGCAUUGAUAUAAAGUGCAAAUUUUACAA